UCGGGCAGGUGCGCAUGCGCAAACGGCUCAGGUCCCGGAGAAAAGCCGAGGCCGCCAUGUUGGCUCCGUCACCACGUGAAGACUCCUGAUCCAAACGCCAGGGAAGUUUCAGGGAAGCAGUUCUACUAGAACCUGGUCCUGUGCGAGAGGAUUGUUUACGGCCCGGCUCCGGCUCUAAUUAGUGUUCACAGCACACAGUGAGAGCAGUGACAGCAGCAGCCAUGCCCUCAGGAACACUGCCGCCCAAAGAGAACGCGCUCUUUAAGAGAAUACUGAGAUGCUACGAGCACAAGCAAUACAGAAACGGCCUGAAGUUCUGCAAGCAGAUCCUGUCCAAUCCCAAGUUUGCCGAGCAUGGAGAGACACUGGCGAUGAAGGGACUGACUCUGAACUGUCUGGGAAGAAAAGAAGAAGCGUACGAUCUUGUCAGAAAAGGUCUGCGCAACGACCUGAAGAGUCACGUCUGCUGGCAUGUGUACGGUUUGCUGCAGCGCUCUGAUAAGAAAUACGACGAAGCUAUUAAGUGCUACAGGAACGCUCUGAAAUGGGACAAAGACAACCUGCAGAUCCUGCGAGAUCUCUCGCUGCUGCAGAUUCAGAUGAGGGACCUAGAGGGAUACAGGGAGACGAGGUACCAUCUGCUGCAGUUGCGUCCGGCUCAGAGAGCGUCGUGGAUUGGAUACGCCAUCGCCUAUCACCUGCUGCAGGACUAUGAGAUGGCGGCCAAAAUCGUAGAGGAGUUUCGCAAAACCCAGCAGACGUCCCCAGAUAAGGUGGACUACGAGUACAGCGAGCUGUUGUUGUACCAGAAUCAAGUGCUGCGAGAGGCGGGGCUUUUUAAAGAGGCCCUCGAGCACCUGAUCAGUUACGAGAAACAGAUCUGCGACAAACUGGCGGUGGAGGAGACCAGAGGUGAGCUGCUGCUAAAGCUAGAUCGAGCCAGUGAAGCCACAGAGGUGUAUCGACAUCUGCAGGAAAGAAACCCUGAGAACUGGAGCUACUACCAGGGACUAGAGAGAGCACUGAAACCAGGGAGCGUGGAGGAGAAGCAGCAGAUCUAUGACGACGUCUGGGUGAAGUUCCCUAAAGGUUUAGUGCCCAGACGGCUGCCGCUCAACUUCCUUACAGGAGAGAAGUUCAGGGAGUGUCUGGAUCAUUACCUGAGGGUGAACCUCAGUAAAGGAUGUCCUCCUCUCUUCACUACGCUCAAAUCUCUCUAUCACGACAAGGAGAAGGUGUCUGUCAUCGAGCAGAUGGUGGUGAGCUACGAGGCCAGUUUGAGGAGCUGCAGGAUGUUCAGCCAAAACGAUGAUGAGGGAAAAACGGAGCCUCCCACCACCCUGCUGUGGGUGCAGUAUUUCCUCGCCCAGCAUUUCGAUCAUAUCGGGCAACACACAGUCGCCCUGGAGUACAUCAACACGGCCAUCGAUAGCACGCCGACGCUGAUCGAGCUUUUCCUCAUCAAGGCCAAGAUCUACAAGCAUGCCGGAAACAUUCAGGAAGCCGCACGCUGGAUGGAUGAGGCCCAGGCGCUUGACACUGCAGAUCGCUUCAUCAACUCCAAAUGCGCCAAAUACCUCCUGAAGGCAGGGAUGAUCAAAGAGGCAGAGGAGAUGUGCUCCAAAUUUACCCGGGAAGGCACGUCGGCGGUGGAGAACCUGAAUGAGAUGCAGUGCAUGUGGUUUCAGACCGAAUGUGCUCUGGCGUACCAGGCCAUGAACAAAUACGGAGAGGCGCUCAAGAAGUGCCAUGAAAUCGAGCGACACUUCGUAGAGAUAACAGACGACCAGUUUGACUUUCACACGUACUGCAUGAGGAAGAUGACGUUACGAUCCUACGUGGCUCUGCUCAAGCUGGAGGACGUGCUGCGCAUGCACCCAUUCUACUUCAAAGCCGCACAAACCGCAAUUCAGAUCUACCUCGGUCUCCAUGACAACCCGCUAUGUGAUGACAGCAAGGAGUCGCAGGCAGACAACAUCAGCUUGACUGAUAAGGAGAUGAAGAAACUGCGGAACAAACAGAGAAGAGCGCAGAAGAAAGCCCAGCUGGAGGAGGAGAAGAAGAACGCGGAGAAGGAGAAACAACUGAAAAAUCAGAAGAAGAAGAAGGAGGAGGAUGAGGAGGAGAUUGGAGGACCAAAAGAGGAGCUCAUUCCCGAGAAACUGGCGAAGAUUGAAAAUCCCCUGGAGGAGGCGGUAAAGUUCCUGAUCCCCUUGAAGAACCUGGUGAAGAACAGAAUCGAGACGCACCUCCUAGCCUUCGAAAUCUACUUCCGCAAAGAAAAAUACCUGCUGAUGCUGCAGUCGGUGAAGAGAGCACACGCUUUAGACCCCGACCACCCCUGGCUUCACCAGUGCCUCAUCCGGUUCUUCAAAGGAGUGGCUGAUGGGAAGAGUCUGCCUCAGCCCGUACACACCGUUCUGAAGCAGGAGAUCACGCGUCUUUUCGGAGAAAGUGACCCCAAGUCCUACAACAAGAACUUCCUGAGCAAGCACUCCAGCUCCAUACCUCACAGAGUAGCAGGCGCGAAGAUGAUGGUGUAUCUGGAUCCCUCGUCUGAGAGCACAGCUGCCGAGUUGGCCACAUCACUGGAUCGGUCUCUCACCGGCAGAACCAUAAAGACGUGCACGGACGUCUUGCAGGCCUUAAAGGAUGGCAGCUUGGGCUCAGAGCAGCAAAAGGUUCUGGAGUCGUACCGCGCCUCCUGCCAUGCCCUCUACCCUUAUUGCUUGGCGUUCAUGCCGCCAGGUUACCACGACAACGCCUCCAUCACCACCAACGGAGACGUGUCAUCCGGCGACCACGAAGACGUGACCAAUGAAAUAUAAGACGUUUAAGUGGGGGGUGGGAAGGGUGGGGGGGGUAAAGUGUGUGUUUGGAUUUGAAUAUGCCUGAGAUGUGUGACUCUACUGUAGAAACCGGACCAGACUGUCUGUCUGUUUUUACGUUAGAUUUCUCUUUGCUUUCUUUCUUUCUUUCUUUCAUUCUUUGUUUUAUCAUAAUCGUAGCUAACGACUACUCGAACCUGUACCAGAGAGAACGGAGCGUAGAUGAGGACGGCGCGGAUGAACCGCGCGUCCGAUGCGUGCAGCUGCUUCUUAUGUUUUUAAGAGUAAUUUAUAUAAAGAACAAUCGACAAGGAGCGCUUCUCGAGUCAGUGUGCCAAAUGAGAGGGGCGGAGCUUAUGACAGGGUGUGAAUAAAGGGAGGGGGGGGUCAGCGGCAGGGGUGAUACAGCUGCUAAGGAGAGACUGAUAGUUGUUUUUUUUUUUCACUUUGUCUGCUUUUGCUCUUCUUCUAUCGUCUUCCGAAUUUGUUAGAAGUCCUGGCUUUUUGCUAGUUAACUACUAUUACCCAUACAAAUCCACUUUCCCUCUCUCAAAUUAUUAUUAUUAUUUUUUUUUUUUAACAAUUGGUUUUGAAAUCUGAUGCCGUAUUUUCCAGGACAAGAACCUCUCCAUCCUACCGCUGUCUAAACUCUGGGUUAUUGUUGUUUGAGAGACACACACAAAUAAAAACCAACUGAAUUUCAAAUGAUAUGACGAGAAAAUUAAUACACAGUCAGGUGCAGAACACCUUGCACACGCUUUGGACAAAAUAAAGAAGAGAUUUAUUUAAAAA